AUCAUACAAAAAACCAUAGUAAUAAUUUAAAACCUUGAAUAUAAAUUGAUCUACUCCAUAAAUGUUUAAAUCUAUGUAUCUCCAAACACGUGAAAUGAGUAAUUUAGCAUCUUCAAUGAAACUUAGAAGCGAAAGAAUAAAGAUAAUUUCACUGAUGAAGAGGCGAACAAAAGAUUUUGAAAGUAAAAAGAAUGACGAACAUUUUUAUUCUAUGAAUUAAUGGAUGUACAAUGAAAUCAUCACGGUCAUCUACAUACACGUGUGAACAUCAAAACAAUGAAUCACAAAAUAAAUCAUCAUAAGAUCCCGUCCGUCGAAUCAACAAACACAUCAACGACAAGUAUAAAUAAAGAGAGAUAAUAAUAAUAAUAAUAACACAUGAAAAGCAAAGUCAAAAUAGAAAAACAAAAACACUACUCAAAUCAAAUCAAAUAGAUCCUGUCCGUCCAUCAAUGAAAAAUCAGAUCAAGGGCGAAAAAGCCUCCACGUGGACGAAUCAUAGAAACAAAUCAAAUCCGUUCGGUAAUGAAUGAAAUUUCUAAGCCAAAACCAUGGCGAAGAAAGUAGCAGAGAGAGCAGUAACAGCAAUGAGGGGUUUACUGAAGGAAAAUGCUGCAGACGGUGAAGAUGGAGUUUCAGAGCCACCGUCGGGUCCGGGUCCCGGAGAGGGAGUAUCAGGUUCAGGAGGAGGGGUAGAAGUGGAAGGAGCAGGUGCUUUGGAUGGAGUAGAUGCUGGUGUUGGUGAUGGAGGAGAGGUUGCCGGAGAAGAAGCUGGUGCAGGAGAGGUUGGAGAGGGAGUAGGAGGUGCUGUAGGUGGUGGUGUUGCUGGUGGUUGAGUUGGUGGUGUUGAUGUUGAUGUUGGUGCUUGUGUUGGUGCAGCACUUGGAGCCUGUGCUAAACAAGAUGUGGCUAGUAAACUAAAGA